AUGGAAGGAGAAGGAUUAAAUGCCAAGGCUCUUAAUGAUGCUCUUAUGAAAGAAGACGAGUGGGCCAAGGCUAUCAUUUUUGAUCAAAAUUUAAAUAUAAUUACUCAUAAAAACUGCCCUGCUUCAGUUGAAGAAUUGAGACCUUAUUUAACUGCAUUUGACUCUCGUGAUAAUACCAUCGGAGCAGGAUUUGAAUUAUUAGGUGAACACUAUGACGUUCAUAGAUUCCACCCUCCUCUUGUUUAUGGCAGAAGAGGUGAUGCUGAUGUUGGUGAAGGUAUCUCUCUUGCUAAAGGUUUCUCUAAGAAGGCAAACUCUAAUAUUUACUUGCUCAUCACUUACGAAUUACCAAUCAUCUCUGCUAGAGCUGUUCCCUAACAAAUCAACUUCUUCAACAAUCACAUUGGAGAACUCGAACAAGCAUAAUGA